GUAAAGACAUCACUAUUUGCAUUUCUGAACUGUCAUUGUCUAUGAUUGUAUUGUCUAUGCCUGUAUCGCAAUUCGGAAGCCAUUAAAACCACAAGUUGUAUUUUCCAAAAUCAAGUUUUAUUUACACAUCCCAAUGUGCCAUGGUGUCAGAAGUAAAACUAAAGUAUAAAAGUUAAACAACAUAAAGUGAUAAAGUUGAAAAAUGGCCACGAACGACGCAGUAUCUGGAAUAAAGCCACCACCUAACCUGCAAAUUGACUCGGACAAACCAACAUGUUGGAAAAACUGGUUACAGCAAUUUGAAUGGUAUUCCACAGCUAUUCAAUUGGAGAAAAAGCCAGCCAAGGUCCAAGCUGCAACAUUUAUGGCUGUAAUAGGUCCAGACGCGAUCGAAAUUUACAACAGUUUCAAUCUCAGCGACGCAGACAAAAAUAACCUGCAAACCAUCAUAAAUAAGUUUGUUGAGUAUUUUGCGCCAAAAACCAACAUAUCUUUCGAGAGAUACAUAUUUUUCAAGAUCGAACAAAACGAAGAUGAACAUUUCAAUGAGUUCUUGACCAGAAUAAAGACCCAAGCAAGAAAAUGUGAAUUCGACAAUUUGCUCGACGAAAUGUUGAAAGACAAGAUAGUAUUUGGAAUCAGAUCUAAUCAAGUAAGAGAGAAAUUGUUGACAGAAGACAAAUUAGACUUGACAAAGGCGAUAACUAUCUGCAAAACCAGUGAACAAGCUUCAAAACAAUUGGACGAGUUCGAAAAUAAAAACAAAAUAGAUAAAGUAUCCGUGGUGAAAAAUACGACACACUACAAAAGAGAACAAAACAAGAAUUUUGACUGUAAAAGAUGUGGUACAAACCAUAAACGCAGAGAAUGUCCAGCUUUUAACAAACCAUGUAAUAAGUGCAAGAAAAAUGGUCACUUCGCAAAUAUGUGCAAAUCAAAAAAGAAAUAUGAUGAUAAAAAGAAUAAAAACAGAGUGAAUACAGCAGCAACAGAAGAAAGCUCAAAUUCAGAAGACGAAGUAUUCAUAUCAGUGUUAUGUAGCGGAGAAAAAAAAGACUGGUCUGAAAGUAUACAAGUUGGUAAUGUAAAAUUCACUGCAAAAUUAGACACCGGAGCAGAAUGCAAUGUAUUGCCCAAGCACCUAAUGGAAAAAACUGAAGCAAGUUUAAAAGCAAGUAAGACAAAAAAUUUGAUAAGCUAUACAAAUGACAAAAUGGCUGUUUUAGGUGAAGCAGAGCUACUAUGCAAAAUAAAAAAUGAAGAAACCAAUAUAACAUUCAAAGUAGUUGAGGAGAGGGUUACACCGAUUCUGGGACUCGAAACCUGCAAGAAAUUAAGACUCAUUGCUCGAGUAAAGUCACUGAAAGAGAGCACCAAAGACAUAUUUAACGGCCUAGGAUGCUAUAAGAACUACGAAUAUGAUAUAGACUUAAUCGAAAAUCCAAAGUUUGAAAUAAAACCAUCUAGAAGAAUACCACAUGCAAUAAGAAAAGAAGUGAAGCAUGAACUAGAUAGAAUGGUAAAGAUGGAUGUAAUAAAACCAGAGACUGAGCCAACUCCUGCAGUGAGCCCAAUGGUAGUGGUAAGGCAGAAGGACAAAAUUAGAAUAUGUAUUGACCCUUCUGAUGUGAAUAAAAAUAUUCUCCGACGUCAUUACCCACUCACAACGAUAGAAGAAAUAUCAGCAGACAUAAAAGGCUCAAAGUAUUUUGCAUUACUUGACUGUACCAAAGGGUUCUGGCAGAUUAGAUUAACAGAGAGGACACAAAAGAUACUUACAUUUGCUACGCCUUGGGGAAGAUACUCUUUCAAAAGACUUCCCUUCGGGGUCUCAUCAGCACCUGAAAUUUUCCAAGAAAUACUCAGUAAUUUGCUCUGUAAGUUUCAAAAUGUGAGAGUAGCAAUCGACGAUAUCUUUAUUUAUGCCAAAAGUAAGGAUGAAUUACACAAAACUGUCAGAGAAGUCAUCGAUGUUUUGAAUAAAUCAGGUUUCAAACUUAACAAAAAUAAGUGCAUUAUGGAGGCACAAAGAAUAAAAUUUUUGGGACAUAUAGUGUCAGCCAAUGGACUUGAAGCUGAUCCAGAAAAGGUUNCCGUGUUUCAAGAUUUGGUAGAGUAA